CCAACCCUGAGCUGCAACAGCCAUGUCCAACAACAUGGCUAAAAUCGCUGAAGCUCGCAAGACCGUGGAGCAGCUGAAACUGGAAGUGAACAUCGAUCGCAUGAAGGUGUCGCAGGCGGCGGCUGAGCUUCUGGCUUUCUGCGAGACGCACGCUAAGGAUGAUCCACUGGUGACUCCUGUUCCCGCCGCCGAGAAUCCCUUCCGCGACAAGCGACUCUUUUGCAUCCUGCUCUGAGCCCUC